AGACAUGCAAUUUUAAAUGACGGCUUGCUAUUUCUAUUGUCAAUUGAACUUCCUUUUACGUCGUGCUUCACACAAGCAAGCAUCUAGGAAAUAGGAGCUAGGCUCUCCAUUUUUUGAUGAUUUGUGAGGAUGAUGGAUAGCUACCUAAUAGUUAAUAGAAUAUAAUUUAUGCUUUUGAGAACAACGAAAAAAUCGCAACAUUUGAAGGCUGCUGCAUUUAAAGGCAGACGGCGACUUUCCCCUACUGUCAAAUUGGUACGUAUUUCAGGCUGCUCCGAUUGAGAGAGAGUCUACUGUAUAUGUACAUAUGUCAUAUGUACAUAUGACAAACAUGUGUUUAUAUUCGUGGUAAGUGAAAAAUAGAAGUCUAAAUUUUCAAUGAACUGUCAUAUUCAAGAGAAUAGAGAGUGGGUCUUCUACUCAAACACAAAUUUUAAUAUCGUUUAAUUCUCUGGAUAGUUUAAUUUGAAAUAAUCUAUUUUUAUGUAUUAUUUUCUAGAAACUAAAAAUUUGAAAAAUGCCUCAGAAUGAAUAUAUUGAGCGACAUGCCAAAUUGCACGGUCGUCGGUUGGAUUAUGAGGAGAGAAAACGGAAGAAGGAAGCUCGUGAACCCAAAAGACGUGCUAAGAAAGCCAAAAUGCUGAGAGGCAUUAAAGCAAAGUUAUUUAAUAAGGAACGCCGAAAUGAAAAAAUUCAUGUGAAGAAGAAAAUUCAAGCUCAUGAAGAAAAGAAGGUACAGAAACAUGCAGACCAAGUAAAAAGUGGAGCUCAUCCCCAAUAUUUACUCGAUCGUGGAAAUCAAUCUACUGCCAAGGUGUUAUCCAAUAUGAUAAAACAAAAACGAAAGGAAAAAGCUGGAAAAUGGGAUGUUCCCAUACCUAAAGUUCGUGCUCAGAGUAAUGCUGAAGUUUUCAAAGUACUGAAAUCUGGAAAGACAAAAAGGAAAGCUUGGAAGAGAAUGGUGACAAAGGCAACUUUUGUAGCUGAAGAUUUUACACGGAAACCACCAAAAUUCGAGAGAUUCAUUAGACCAAUGGCAUUGAGAUUUAAGAAAGCUCAUGUGACACACCCGGAACUUAAAGCCACAUUUUACCUACCAAUUAUUGGCGUAAAGAAAAAUCCAAGCUCGCCAAUGUUUACGAGCUUAGGAGUAAUCACUAAAGGAACGGUGAUUGAAGUUAACAUUUCGGAACUUGGCCUUGUUACGCAGACAGGAAAAGUUGUAUGGGGAAAAUAUGCACAAGUUACAAACAAUCCGGAGAACGAUGGAUGUAUUAAUGCUAUAUUAUUAGUGUAAAUUCUGAUAUCAAACUUCAGCUUUAAUAAAUUUGGGGAAAAAAAUAUUGCAUUUUACUAAUGAUUGAAUAAAAAAUUGUAAUACAGUAGACUUUCUCUCAAUCGGGAAUAUGGGGCAAAAUGUCAUCCGGUUUAGCGAUAGAAUUGAGCGUCAAAGCCUUUGUAAAUUCCACAAAAAGCGCUCAAUUAUAAAGAAUCACGAUAAAAUAGGAAGAACUACAGCGAAUUUGAGCAAAUUAGCUUCAUAAUUAAACGUGAAAAUUGUCAACAAAAUUUGUCGCCCGAUUGAGAAAGAGCCGAUUGAGCGAGAGUCUACUGUAUUUAUUAUGAAUAUUUAUUAUUUUUAUUCAAUUUUUAUUUUCUUACAGAUGCAAAUCUUCGUGAAAACACGGGAAAAACAAUCACCUUCGAGGUGGAGCCUUCUGAUACCAUCGAAAAUGUUAAAGCUAAGAUUCAGG